AUGCUAGAUCGCUACGGGCUCGCCGAGCCCCGCGAUCCUUCAAUUUGGCGACAAAUCGAUGAUCCAACUAUGCUCGGGAUGUGCACGCGUCUAUUGGCCAAGACUCUAGAGCCUGAUACUUAUCCGACAAAGGAGAAAUCGGGAGAAUCCUUGAAAGUGACUCAGAAAUUAUUCGCGCAACCCGAAGUUCCCUAUGAGGAUUGGCGGAAGCUCAAAGAUUCACUUACUGCAGAUAUCAUCUGUCAAGGAUCGGAAAAGGAUGGAUUUCCUCAUGGGUUUCCCUCCGGGGGAGGAAUCAAAGAUUAUCUCCUUUUCCCGGGUAUAUACGACGUUUUGACUCUUCUAGCCCAGAACGAGAAAAAUAGAAAUCCAUACUUCUUCCCGAAAGAGGAUGCACAAACUAUGACAAAGGAGAUCACAGCUGGUCUAGAGCUACGAGCGAGAGAGGGGAGACAGUGGGCUUUGGAUGAAUCGAAGGUUGGCUGGCGAGAACUGCUGAACCGACUUGCCGAAGCCGCAUUGAAGACAUACCCGAAAGUAUACCGAAGCAUGGGAAAUAAAUCUGCGGAAAAAACCUUGUAUGAUCCUGCGACAAAGGAGGAGAUUCGCACUGCGGAGGAAAAACUGGGCGAGCUACUUACUGACUUCAAAGAGAUGAUCCGGAUUGCAAAUGGAUCAGGCUAUGUCGCCAUCUGCGUGGGAAAAGUAGAGAAGGCACUCGAGUUGGGCGAAAAGGAAGAAAUCUCCGAUGAUGGGAUGGAGGACUCGGCAUCUGAAGCCACCAAUGACGGCGUAUCUGAUGCAGAAUAA